GCCAGAGAGGGUUGUGGCAAGGACUUCUAGAUUUAGACUGAAUCCUGCUCCCAACUACAUACAAGCCACUGCCCUUUGAAUCUGCAGAAUGCCUCCAUCUCUAACCAAUGCCAGUUCAUCUGAUUUGAUUCCCCAGCCCUUGAGGGAGCCUCAAGUGAUGAUUUCCAUAGCCAUCUUCAGCCUCACUUUCUUACUGGGACUGCCAGGCAAUGGGUUGGUAUUCUGGGUGACUGGAUUGAAGAUGAAGCGUACAGUGAAUACAGUGUGGUUCCUCCAUCUCACCGUGGCUGAUCUCCUCUGUUGCCUCUCUGUGCCCUUCUCCCUUGUUCACAUGGUCCUCCAGGGGCAUUGGCCCUAUGGCUGGUUGUUAUGCAAGCUCAUCCCUUUCAUCAUCAUACUCAAUAUGUUUGCCAGUGUCUUCCUACUGACAGCCAUCAGUCUUGACCGUUGUGCUGUAGUGCUCCAACCAAUAUGGUGCCAGAAUCAUCGCAGUGUGAGGCUGGCCUUCGCCCUCUGUGCAGGCAUCUGGGUCCUGGCUUUUGCAAUGUGCAUGCCUGUGUUUUUGUACCGGGAAACCUUUACUAAGAACAACUAUACUGUAUGUACCUACAACUUCGAGGAGUACAGUUCACAAGAUUAUAUUUACUUUAACCCUAGCUUUGUAAGAGAAAACUCACUUGAGAACCCUUCUACAUCUGAGUUGACUGAGACAAUGGAAAGUACAUCCUUACAUCCUUCAUCUUCCAGGAGAGAUACUUAUCCCUGGCCUUCUACCACCCUUAAUACACCUAGAACUCCUAAUGUCGUCUUCUCUGCUAAGGUCACUGGAGGUCAUUCUGGAAGUGCAUUCACUGUGGAUUCAAUUAACAUAUAUAGUCAUCACCCCUUUUCUGAUUUGUCAGAACUGCCAGAGAAACUUCCUCAUGCUGAAUCACCAAGAAUUCCUAUUGUUUUACCUGAGUUUAGCAAUAAUGAUUCCAGUACUGAUACACUGAGAAACUCUGAUAUCCUACCCUAUGAUAAUGCAGGAGCUUUACCCAGGGCUUCUGGAAAUCCUUUAGGUAUACCUGAAGUGACAGAAAAUUAUUUGGAUUUUAUUUAUAGCUAUGAAUUCAUUGAGAACCAACUGCCAACAACCUUGGUGGCAAUCACAGUCACAAGAUUGGUGGUAGGCUUCCUUCUGCCCUUCAUCAUCAUGGUGGUCUGUUACACCCUCAUCGUUUUUCGUUUAAACAGAGGUCACUUUGCUAAAUCUAGGAGCAAAACCCUGAGAGUGGCUAUAGUGGUAGUAGUUGCCUUUUUUGUCUGCUGGACUCCAUAUCAUAUUAUUGGGAUCCUGUCAUUGUUUGCAUCUCCACAUACUUCACUUGGGAAGGCAGUGAUGGCAUUGGACAACCUCUCCAUUGCACUGGCAUCUGCCAAUAGCUGCCUUAAUCCCCUGCUCUAUGCCUUCAUGGGGAAGGAUUUUAGACAAAAAGCACGGCAGUCCAUGCAGGGCAUUCUGGAGGCUGCCUUCAGUGAAGAUCUCGUUCAAUCUUCUAGUUGUCCCCAGAACAAAACCUCACUGACUCAAGACAUUGUCAGUACCGCUGUGUGAGAAGAUGCGACAAUGACACCCCACAGCCCCAAUUAAGAGUCAAUGAGGUCCAGUGACAGGACAAAAGUCAAGAUAACUGGUGAUGGCCCAGGAUGCAGCAGAUGACCUCAGCAUCUUUGACGUCUGACCAAACUCUGAGUGCUCUAUGGUGCAUGCUUCAGCCACCGUCAUGGCCAUUGGAACAAAUUAUCUGCCCAUUCUGCCAGGGGAAGUCUUCACAUACUUGGGGGAGGCAUUUCCCUAACUUACUGGUGGGUUUGAGGCCUGCCAGUUACCUUCAAUCUGGGUUAGCCUGUCUGCCGAGGCAGUUUUAGCAGGGUGUGGCCACUGUGCACGCUACAGCUUCUUAACUAUACUAAGACUUUUGGGACACCCUGUAUAAAGUGUUAAGUUUAAUAAACUUUUACAAAGUACAUAGACUAUUAAGCUACUAAAGCUUAAAAGCAUACUAAGACUUUUGGGACACACUGUACAAUAGCUUCCUAUUUUUUCCUGAAUCAAUUAAUCAAUAAGUAUCUGUUAAGUGUCCAUUAUGUGCCAGUACAGUGCUAGGUGCCAACUCACAAAGGAAAUAGACCCUGCCCAUCAGAUUCAUAUAUUACAGUUUUUUCCAGUCAUUCUGCGAUUUAGGUUAGGCACAAUUUCCAGCUUUUUGGAUGUGUUUUUGCUACCAUAGAAAGUGCUACUAUGAAUAUAUUGGUGUAGGCUGGAUUUUUCUUCAGUCUUUGACAUCCAUGGAGGUACGUACACAGUAGUAGGAUUUCUGCAUUAAAGGGUAUGGAUAGUUUUGUCACUGGUAAAGUUCCACAUUGAUGCCUUUCUUCUCACAGCCCCUCUAUUAUUGGUGGUCUUAAGAAUGUUUUCAUGUGGUCCUUUACAGUUUGCAAUUCUGAAAACUCCUUUGUUCACUCAAAGGGGAGCAGCUAUGGAACUAAACAAACUGAAAUAGUGAAUUUCCUAGAGUUGUAUUUAUCCUAUGUGCUCUCUGGAUAUGGUCGAGAAUCUAGAAAAGACCAUGGAUGUGAAACCACUCAGAAGAUGUUUUAUUGUUAUUACGUAUGAUUAAUUUGUCUGUUAAUUCUAUGCCAAGAAU